AUGGUAUCUAAAUCGUAUGUGAAUAGUCCGCUGGUAAGGGACUCAAAACUAUUAGUCCCUAAAUCUAUAUUAUAUAGACCAUACACUUUACCAUUUGUGCCUUUAUAUGCUACUUUUUUCCACCUUUAUUUUACCGAAUAUGAUCGUUAUAUUGGUGGUUCUGAAUGGACUUUUGUCUUCUUAGGUACGAUUAUCUCAUUUAACAUCCUAGUUCUACUGAUUCCUGUAUGGAACGUUAAGAUGGCUGCUUGGUUUAAUUUCAAUGAAGCCCAUCAUAUUAACGCUGCAACUGAUAUUUUGAUUUAUACUACUCCAAACAAUGGUACUGAUGGUAUUGUUGAAAUUCAAAGAGUGUUAGAAGCUGGUACUUUACAAGUUUAUUUCGAAUUCCAAAAGAAAAAGUUUUUAUGGAAAUCUGAAGAUGAAUUUUUUGCCUCUCCAAAAUUCGCUAUUGAUGAAUCUCCAAAGAUUAAAGACUUUAAGAAAGCUAAAGGUAAUUCAGGUGAUUUAACUCAUUUGAUUAGAUUAUAUGGUAAAAAUACAUUUGAUAUUCCAAUCCCAAGUUUUAUGGAAUUAUUCAAAGAGCAUGCUGUAGCACCUCUUUUUGUUUUCCAAGUAUUUUGUGUUGCAUUAUGGUUAUUGGAUGAAUUCUGGUAUUACUCCAUCUUCAACCUAUUUAUGAUUAUCACUAUGGAAGCUGCUGGUGUAUUUCAACGUUUGACCGCUUUAAAAGAAUUUAGAACAAUGGGUAUCACACCUUAUUCCAUUAACGUCUAUAGAAAUGGUAAAUGGACAACUGUCACUUCCGAUGAAUUACUUCCAAUGGAUAUUGUUUCUGUCACAAGAACCGCAGAAGAUAGUGCUCUACCAUGUGAUUUGGUCAUGAUUAAUGGUACUUGUAUUGUCAAUGAAGCCAUGCUGUCCGGUGAAUCGACUCCUUUAUUAAAAGAAUCUAUUAAGUUACGUGAUGACAACGAUGAUCUACAAGUCAAUGGUCUAGACAAGAACGCAAUCUUACAUGGUGGUACUAAAGUUUUACAAGCUACACCUCCAGAAACUAAGACUAACAGCAUUCCACUUCCUCCAGACAAUGGUUGUUUGGCUGUUGUUUCUAAGACUGGGUUUGAAACAUCUCAAGGGUCCUUAGUUCGUGUUAUGAUUUACUCAUCUGAACGUGUAUCUGUUGAUAACAAAGAAGCUCUGAUGUUUAUCUUAUUCCUACUGAUUUUUGCUGUUAUUGCUUCAUGGUAUGUUUGGAUUGAAGGUACUAAGAUGGGUAGAGUCCAAUCUAAGUUAAUUCUUGACUGUAUUUUGAUUAUCACCUCUGUUGUUCCACCGGAAUUGCCAAUGGAACUAACAAUGGCUGUCAACAGUUCUUUAGCUGCAUUAUCCAAGUUCUUUGUCUAUUGUACUGAACCAUUUAGAAUUCCACUUGCUGGUAGAAUCGAUGUUUGUUGUUUCGAUAAAACAGGUACUUUAACUGGUGAAGAUCUUGUGUUUGAGGGUCUAGCUGGUCUUUCUUCUGAAAAUAAGGAUACUCGCCAUCUAUUCACUGCUAUUGAUGCCCCAGAGAGAACAAAUUUAGUAAUUGGUGCUGCGCACUCCUUGGUUAGAUUAGAUGAUGGUGAAACUGUAGGUGAUCCAAUGGAAAAAGCAACCUUAAGAGCUUUAAAAUGGAAAGUUGAAAAAAAUGAAGUAAUUAGUAAUGCUGAUAUGGGUAAAGUACACAUUAUGCGUCGUUUCCAAUUUUCUUCAGCUUUGAAGAGAUCCUCGUCUAUUGCAUCCUACAACGAUGAAAUAUAUGCUGCCGUAAAGGGUGCUCCUGAAACAAUCCGUGAAAGAUUAGUUAAUGUUCCUGCAAAUUAUGAUGAUAUUUACAAGUCCUUUACUCGUUCUGGUUCUAGAGUUCUUGCUUUAGCUUCUAAAUCCUUGAAGAAAAUGUCUCAAUCUGAAGUUGAUGAUUUAAAGAGAGAAAAUAUUGAAUGUGACCUGGAGUUUAACGGUUUCUUAAUUUUCCAUUGUCCCUUGAAACCUGAUGCAAUUGAAACUAUUAAAAUGUUGAACGAAUCUGGUCACAGAUCCAUUAUGAUUACUGGUGAUAACCCUCUUACAGCUGUACAUGUUGCCAAAGAAGUCGCCAUUGUUGAAGGUGAAACUUUAAUUUGUGAUAAGGUCGAUGAAUCUGAUGUUUCUGAUAAUAAGUUAUUAUUCCGUAAUGUAGAAGAAAGUAUUUCCAUCCCAUUCGAUCCAUCUAAGGAUAAGUUUGUUCACGCCGAAUUAUUUGAUAAAUAUGAAAUUGCUGUUACAGGUUAUGCUUUAGAGGCAUUGAAGGACCAUUCCCAAUUGAGAGAUUUACUUCGUCAUACCUGGGUUUACGCGCGUGUCUCUCCAAGCCAGAAAGAAUUUUUGUUAAACACUCUAAAGGAUAUGGGUUACCAAACUUUAAUGUGUGGUGAUGGUACCAAUGAUGUGGGUGCUUUGAAGCAAGCUCACGUUGGUGUAGCUUUAUUGAAUGGUACGGAAGAAAGUAUGAAACAGGCCGCUGAAAAACGUAGCAUGGAUAGUGCAAAGAUGCUUUAUGAAAAGCAAUGUACCUUUAUGCAAAGAUGGGGCCAACCACUACCCGUUAUUCCUGAAACUAUUGCUCAUCUAUAUCCACCUGGUUCUAAUAAUCCUCAUUACUUGACUGCAUUAGAAAAGAGAGGUACCGUCCUUACUGAUGAAAUUAGAAAAUUUGCCGCUGAUAUGAGUUCUACCCCUGUUAAGGUUCUUCCUGAUGCGAAUGGUGAAGCAGCCACUGCACCAAAGGCUGGCGAUAUUGCUUCUAUGUUGAUGGAUAGUGCCGGUGGUGAUGGUGAUGGUGUCGAUGCUCCAACUCUAAAACUGGGUGAUGCUUCCUGUGCUGCUCCAUUCACGUCCAAAUUGGCCAAUGUCUCAGCUGUUACCAAUAUCAUUCGUCAAGGUCGUUGUGCUCUUGUUAAUACCAUCCAAAUGUACAAGAUCUUAGCUUUGAAUUGUUUGAUUAGUGCUUACUCCUUAUCCAUAAUAUACAUGGCUGGUGUUAAGUUUGGUGAUGGUCAAGCUACUGUUUCUGGUUUAUUAUUAUCUGUUUGUUUCCUAAGUAUUUCUCGUGGUAAGCCAUUAGAAAAGUUGUCUAGACAAAGACCUCAAGCCGGUAUUUUUAAUGUUUAUAUUACAGGAUCCAUUUUAAGUCAAUUCGCUGUCCAUAUCGCUACUUUGGUAUACAUUACAAUGGAAAUUUACAAAUUAGAACCACGUGAACCACAAGUUGACUUAGAGAAAGAGUUUGCCCCAUCUUUACUGAACACAGGUAUCUUCAUUAUCCAAUUAGUUCAACAAGUUUCUACUUUUGCAGUCAAUUACCAGGGUAAGCCAUUUAGAGAAGAUAUCAGAAACAACAAGGGUAUGUACUAUGGUCUAGUUAGUGUUGUUGGUUUAGCAUUAGCAAGUGCUACAGAAUUCAUGCCAGAAUUGAAUGAAGCAAUGAAAUUUGUACCAAUGUCCGAUGAAUUUAAAUUUAAAUUAACCGGUACUCUAUUGUUAGAUUUCUUUGGUAGUCUGGGCGCUGAAUAUUUCUUUAAAUAUUUCUUUAUGGAUGACACACCAGCUGACAUUACUAUUAGAAAGAUUAGAAUUGCUUAA